GAGACGAAGGCCCUCCAUCUCAAGGACCGACCAUGGCGCCGAAAGCGAUGACAAGCAAACCAGUGCCGCCGGCACGGCCUCCUGUCCCGUCUCCGGCCCCGGCGUAUACUGCGCAGGCGGCUGGGCAAAACGCGCCGUCUACAGCUAAUGGGUUGUCCAAGACGCCCCCUCCUUGCCAGAGCUACAGCAACAGCACGCAGAAUCGACCGCCGUUCAGACCCGGUGAAGAGCGUAGUACUACUGGUGGUAAAGUGACAGCCGCCAAGGCCAUGUCUUCUAAGUGAACGACCUACGUGCCUAGGCCGCCUUGUGCGGAAGAAGAAACAAGUGAAUCUUAGUUCGUCCAAGUCGUAUGUCAGAUUGAAUAAUGCCACAUCGGUUCUGUAUUGGAAGAAGCUCUGCAGAUAUCAAGUGUAGUUUGUGAAAGGGGUCACGUAAACAAGUAGUGGUUCAUUUGUUCAUUCAUGUUCGUUUCUAUCUAUAUUGUUAUUGGUUAAUUUAUUAUACAGUGGUCAUAUCAUAUAUGUAUAUACUGGAAUUGUUAUUGAAUUUGUUCUGAGAUUUUAUUUAGUAUACUUUUUAUGGACCAUAUUUAUUACUACAUAUUCAUCGCAUGCAUGUUUGCGUGUAGACUUAUCUUGGUCCCAAGAACAGGCUUCGAACUUCAAAUAAAUUAAAUGAUUUCUCCGUGGGGGGAUUAAAUUAACUACUGCUCUAAAACACGUUUGAGCUCCAUUAGAAUGGCUUGACAAGUAGA